GGCGGACUCUAGAGGCAAUUCUUUAUCGCUCAGAAGGGGUGCUUCGACUUCUUGGGAAAAUUCUGGAUUUCCGUCACGAUGAAACCAUGCGCAUUCAAACACAGCUGUUAACCCAGUUGUCGAGGGAGCAGGCAAGCUCAAACGACCAGAUUGCUCAAGUCCUAAGGCAAUCCGCAAAUGAUUCCAGGCUGCUUAAGGCAUUGACCAUCAUGACAACUCUUUACCUACCUACGAGUAUUGUGCUGGCUUUCUUCGGCUCCAAUUUUAUCCAGACUCGAGAGAUAGAUACCCCCGGCAAAGCUCUUAGUAUAGUGCUUGUACAAGAAGCUUGGCUAGCUAUAGCGAUCCCGGCACCGUUUACAAUAGCAACUGUAGUCAUGAUUUUUUGGAUGGGAGGGUUGCCGCGUUUCAACGUAAAACUGCCAUGGUCCUAGGCUAGGGAUGUAAAAACUAUGAGUGAGGAUGUUAUAUCAUAAGAGGUACCUACCUGGUAGUCAAAUUGAAUAGGUCCAAGGGAAUGGUUUUUGACAUGACUAUAUGCUUUCCUAGAUUUCAAGCUCGGGCUUUCUUAGUUUAGAGUAUGGAUUACUUGUUUAUGUUGUAUA